AUGGAGGUCACAGCUGGCUGCACUGAGUUCAGACCUCAGGAUGAGGCUGAACUGCAGAGCUUCAGAGAUAAACUGCUGGAUCCUCGGUGCACAAAGCAGCCCCAGAUAGCACAUGAUGUUAAAUCAACGUUGAAAAAUAGUUAGAAUCGUUGAUUUUUGGUUGAAGUCGACAAAUGAUGGUGGAUCAACCAUCAAACAACCAUCCAAUCAAACCGUUGAAACUGUGACAUUGAAUCAACGUUGUUUUGUGGUUGAAAUCUGAUCACUGAAAUGCCGAAGUCUGAUUAAUGGUUGAUUUCUGGUUGAAGACGACAAAUGACGGUGGAUCAACCAUCAAACAACCAUCCACCUCUAGCCAAGUAACCAGUGUUGAAACUGUGUCAUUGAAUCAAUGUUGUUUUGUGGUUGAAAUCUAAUGACUGAAAUGCCGAUGUCUGAUCAACAUCUGAUCAAUAUUGAAUCAAUGUCAGCUGUUUUGCCUCACCCCUUCCCCUCCUCUCCUCCUCAUCAGAGCUCUGGGUCAGAGCAUUUUAUUACUGAGCGGGGAUUAUCACAUUUAAAUUAAGCACUGUAGAGGAUAGUGGGUGCUGAUUCCUUUCUGUACAUUUUCUUACUUGUUCAUAACAAUUCUCACUGACUGUGUGUGUGUGAUAUAUUGACACAAAAACAUCUACAACUUACUAAAAGGAGUGGAGCGGUCCACCCCCACCGUUUACAUGAGUGGGAUAGCCCAACCACACAGCUGCUUCGCUGUUGGCUUGUUGGAAUAUAUGUUAAUUCAAUGUUGAAUUACCAUCACAAAGGUUGCAUGUUUGGUUGAGGUCGACAACUGAUGGUGGAUCAACUAUAAAACAACCAUUCAAUUCUAGCCAAUUAACAUCCAUUGAUUGAAAUUGUGUUUCUUGCUGAAAUUGUGUAUAGUUUUAGCACUUAGAGCUAAAACUAAUUGUGUAUAGUUUUAGCUCUUAAUUAUUUCCUAUUUUUCUUAGUAGAUCUUGUUGCUAGCAACUACCAACAAUCACUAGCUGAUGAAGUUCUUAAUGCUGAGAUGCCAGGUUUUGCUACAGCCCACUGUGUCCAGUACCACAAGUUGCAGAAUCCACAGCGACAAAGUACAAGUAUUGGGUUGUCUGGAUGCAGCUCAAGGCAGUAUAACCAUCGCCCUGGUCUCUCACAAUGUGCACAAAAUAGGCUGCCAUUGGAUAUAUCACAGACAAACUCCGACCAGAAUGAUGUAUUGGAUUCAGCGCCUAAUCAAGGUUUCGAAGAUGCAACCACACAAAGGGCCAGCAAUAAUGGGCAGCUUUUGAGAGACCUCGCUAUCCAUAAGAUGACAUCGAUGCUUGCUGAAGCUCUUGUGAUUGUGAAGGAUCUAUCCAGAGAUGUCCAAUUCAUUAAGAACAAUUUGGCUCAGAGUAACAUUACACCAGGUAGCACACAAGGACCAGCAAACCUUGUACUCCCCUUCCAGCUGCCAAUUGAAAGUGAAGAAGAUUUCAGUAAAGCAGAGUCAUUACUGAUUGAAGAGACAGUGCGUCAAAAGAUGAUUGCUCGACUGGCUCUAGUAGGAGGCACCAAUUCAGCCAACAUGAUAAGAAGAAUGUUGACAACUUGUAUGAGAAAUGCCCUGGCAAGUCAGUUCAACUGGGCUGGGAAGAAACAUAGGCAUUCCCAGAGUAAAAAGCCAUUCAAGGACACAAUCCUGCAAGAGUGCAUAUUAGUUGCUGCUCGUCAAUUCGAACCAGGCCUAACUGAUCAAAAUUACAGCGAAACAGUAAAGAAAUGGUUUCGCUAUGCACCAGACCGGGAGGGAGGCAUUGAAAGGCAACCAAAGGGACGGCCAGAAGACUGAAAUUAAAUAAAAUAUUUAAGCAAUGCCA